AUUCACACCAGCAUAACGGGCAUCCCAUGAGUUCCUUGAGAAGCAAACAGCAGCCCGUGUCCCCAGCCAGGUCCCGCUAGACAAUUCCGAGGAUAGAGAUUUCUCUUUUUCCAAACCCGAUCAUCCCAUUGUGAUCCCCACCGGCCAUAACAGCAUCAUAGUUACUGGGGUGUCUUCAUGAUGUCAGUACCGGAACCAACUCAUAAGUCAGUCAAGGAUAUGGAUAUCUCUCCAGGGUACAAUUGAGUCCGUUCCAUACAUCCUUCCCUGUUAUGUUGUUCCUUGCCUGUCCCCGUGUACCCUUCGAGAUGUGUGUCGAGAGCCUGCGAACUACCAGCGUUGGCCUCAUUGCUAAGUAUGCGGCCCACACCUUUAGCUCCUUCUUCCUAUUCGCUGUGAUCCACUUGUUUGCGUCGCACUUCCAUGUCCUUCAGUGGCGCGCCUUCGUCCAUUAGAACGGGGCAACCGAAAUCUUUUGCGGUCGGCAUCGCUCGUAUGGCCACUCUCGUAUGGCCACGUUAGGCUGGUAAUGAUACUAAGCAAUCAAUCGGGCAGCAGAUAUCCCUUGCUAAUCGUCGAUAUUGUAGGAAGGAAUUAUCAUGUGCGACAUUGUUAUUGGGGAGGUACGCGACGCGUCCGAAGAAGCUAUUCUAGCAUCGCUCUGCCAUGAAAGAUGCAGGCUGUUGUUGGAUGCGCUACCUAUUUGGAGUGUGUUAGCUUGCUAAAU